UAGCUCCUAGCAAAAGAAAAAAAGAAAUGAAAAAAAUACAUUUCCGCUUGAACCCUAAAACCAUCUAGUCGGCAACCUCCCGCGCCGAGAUCCGUCAACAACCGGCCGGCGGAUCCCCGACGACCUCACCGGCAACAUCACAGUCUCAGCACCUUCAGUAUUCUUCUCCGACGAACAAUCUUAUCGACCACUACCGGACGUCGGCCAUAACAUCCCCUGUACAACACUAUGAUACUUGCAGGUUGGCCUUACUUUCAGCAAUGAACUUUUGACUUGUUGAUGAUUCUAUACCUAUAUGAUUGAAUUCCUUCAAAUUCGAGUUAAGUUCAACAUUUAUACGUGAAAAGAUGAAUUGCGUGAUUGAUGUGUUCAAGCAUUUCCUUACUUCAGCAGAAGUAUUUGUACUUUUAUAGUUUCUUUCGUUAAGAAAUAAAGAAAUUGGUGAAUCGUGAUUAUUAAACCUCUCAAACUGUUCAUGAAGAUUCAUCAAAGAAUUAAUUUCAAUUGUGAAGAGGAAUCCGUUGUACUUCCUCGAAGAUCUCCGAGACUUCUUAACAAAGCAGCCAAAGAUCAACAGAUCUCAAUACCUAAUGAGGUUCAUCCAAAAACUCCACUUCUUAAGCAAUGUGCAAGAAGAUCUUCACAAUCAUGUAAAAUAUCUGAAAUGCUUGCAACUGCUUCCCCAAAAUCACAUACAGGACAUUGUCUGCGGCGGUCCCCUAGGUUUUCCACUCCACUCCUUGUUGUAGAAAAGGAUGCUAUGAAGAAAACCCUUAAACGUUGUGCACAAAGAUCUUCACAGUCAUGUAAAGAAUCUGAAAUGAAGGCAACUGCUCCCCCGAAAUCUCAUACAGGACUUUGUCUGCGGCGGUCCCCUAGGUUUUCCAUCAAGGAUCCAACCAGUGUUUGCAAUGCUGAAUUAAACACUCCUUUGGACAAUCAAUCUCUUGGUGACAGAAGAAAGGGCAGUAUAAUCAAGGCUGGUGAGAACAACUGUUCAUACAAACUAGAGAAGAGAUUGAUACGUGGCUCAUGUAAGAAAAAGGGUGAUGAUUCUGAGGGGACUUCUCUGGCUUCUUCAGCAGACAAAUGCAUAGACGAGAGGAAGAAGGGUCCUGGUGAAGAAAAUAAGAGAAAGGGGAAAUGUCCAGUCUCUUUGGCAGAUGUCGAGACAGGUCAAAUGAUGGAUAAGGAUACUAAUAUUGAAGUAAGAAAAACAAUUGGGGUUAAAAGGAAAAGGAAUGAAGUGAAGGAAAGUCAUGGGGUGAUUGAGUCUUGGACCGAUGAUCAGGAGCAGGCAUUGCAGAAAGCUUAUUUUGCUAUGAAGCCUACACCGCAUUUCUGGAAGAAGGUUGCUAAGCUGGUGGUUGGUAAGUCCGCUCAAGACUGUUUUGACAAAGUCCAGGCUGACCAUUUUACUCCCCUUCCCCGUCCCAAGAGGCAGUUGAGAAUAAUAAACCCAGCCAAAACGCCGUCUCUCCCAAUUACGACUUCAAGUUUUCUGAGCCCAGUAGGAAAAAAGCCAAGAAAGAGUAUAAUAAAGAAAAAUAACGCACAGAAAGAGGUUAGAAAACUACUACAGCAGCAUCGCCUUGAGGAUCAAAAGAAUGAGACGGACUUAUUCUCUGUCCUUGAAGGCUCAGCCGUCGCUAAAUCUCUAAAGCAGGAUUGCGUUGAUGAGCUGAUUCCUCAAACACUUGCUUUUGAUGAAUAUGUUUCGCCUUUGGGAGGAGAUUCAGCAGCAAGUCUUGUGAGUCCUCCGGUUCUUAAGCAGGUUAAGAAUAAGGCAUUGCAUGAGAAGUAUAUUGAUAAGUUACAUCAAAGGGAAGCUAAGAGAAGAGCGGCUGAUAAGUUUUCGAAAAAAUCAUGUUUCAAGAGGAAAGAGGAGAGCGGAGUUAUUGUUCAAGUGAUGGAUGCUGUGAAAACCGCGAAAGAUGCUUUGGUUUUGGGUGUGCAGGAUGUGGUUAUGGAAAUGAAGAAAUUGGACUUCGAUGAUGAAGACGAUGAUGAUAAUAUUGAUGAUGGUUUAGAUAGGGAAGAAGAUGAAGAUGAUGAACUUUGACAACAUUUGUAGUUGUAUUUCUUAAUACCUUUUAACCCUAAACAUUGUAGCAUUAGUUACUUCUAA